GUGAUUUAGUGUUCCUGGGGAGGUAGGGAAGCUGUGAGCUCACACAGGCUGUUGACUGCCGGGAAGGAAGUCUCCACUUGCAAACUUAGUGGGUGCUGGCUUUGUCCCAAAGCCGGCCACCCUAUCUUACUCCAGUUGCGAAAGGAACACCUGGCCGUUUCUUGUGCUCACUCCACCGUCUCCCUUUAGCUGGGUGACUCAGACGCUGGGCAUCUCCACUCUGAAGUCUAUUGUUUUGGUUUAAGUCACGCUUUAUUUAUUGUUCGCACGGGCCUCAGAUUCUCUGUGUAGCAAGUGGCGUUAAACUCCGGAUCCUCCUGCCGCUUCUUACCAAGAGGCCGAGGCAACAGGCUUGCACCACCCCAACCAGUUUCUGUGGCACAGAAAUUAAAGGCAGGUCCUCGUGUAUGCUCGACAUAUGUCUAUGGAUUGAGCAACGUGCCUAACCCUUCCUUACUCUGGAUUUUAGAGAGUUUGUUUUUUCAUUUUCAUCUGUAAAAUGGAUGAGCAGAGUGAAAAGAUCCGUAGCUUUGUUCUGUUUUUAGAAGAGGGAGAAGGCGCGCAUGCGCACAGGCAAGGCAGGGUCUCUCUAAAUCCAGAGCUGGGCUGGGCACACCAGCGCGCGCCCUCACAGCACUCCGGUGGAGAUCAGGUCAACCAGUCCUUGUUUGAGACGAUCUCUUCCCACUGGAUGCUUCAGGGACUCUGACCCCACUGUGCCGUGGACCAGAGAGGAGCCAUGGAGUCCUGGGCAAGGUGCAUUUUUCUUCUCUUGCUGCAGAUCCUGACAGGGGGACGUGGAGAUAUAUUGCAUUCAGGUGCUGGGAAGAUUGUGGGUGGCCAAGAUGCCCCGGAAGGACGAUGGCCUUGGCAAGUCAGCCUGAGGACAGAGAAAGAGGGCCACAUAUGCGGGGGCUCCCUCAUUCACGAGGUGUGGGUGCUCACGGCUGCCCACUGCUUCUGCAGGCCUCUGAACUCCAGUUUCUACCACGUGAAGGUUGGAGGACUGACACUUUCUCUUACGGAACCCCACUCAACCUUAGUGGCCGUGAGGAACAUCUUUGUGUAUCCCACCUACCUCUGGGAAGAUGCGUCUAGCGGAGACAUUGCUCUGCUGCGGCUGGACACUCCUCUGCAGCCCUCUCAGUUCUCUCCUGUCUGCCUCCCACAAGCCCAGGCUCCUCUCACCCCUGGGACUGUCUGCUGGGUAACAGGCUGGGGGGCUACCCACGAAAGAGAGCUGGCGAGUGUCCUCCAGGAGUUAGCUGUGCCUCUCUUGGACUCAGAGGACUGUGAAAGGAUGUACCACAUCGGGGAGACCAGCCUGUCAGGGAAGAGAGUCAUCCAGUCAGACAUGCUCUGUGCCGGCUUUGUAGAAGGCCAGAAAGACUCCUGCCAGGGUGACUCUGGGGGCCCACUCGUCUGUGCCAUCAAUAGUUCUUGGAUCCAGGUUGGGAUCACCAGCUGGGGUAUUGGCUGUGCUCGGCCAAACAAGCCUGGUGUCUAUACUCGGGUGCCAGACUACGUAGACUGGAUUCAGAGAACCCUGGCGGAGAACCACUCUGAUGCCUACGGAUGCCGCUCCAGAGCCUCUGGGGCAUAUCCAGCACUGCUGCUGGUGUUGCUGGCAUUUGCCUUGCCAGAGUCCCUGUGAAUCGUGAGCUCUAGAGUUCUGGAUCCUCUUCUGCUGGGCUUGGAGACUCAGGAGCUCAAAAUAGACACUGAGAAAAUGAACCUGGAAUGGAGGUCUUGCAGGUGUCAGCCUGGGAGGUUUGGAGGCCGCAGUGACUCACAGAGCUUAAGGACAUAGUAAUUCGGACCACAGGGACACAUCCUAUCAAAGUCAAGCAGCCACCUACAUGUCACUUAACACAGGCCUGGUCACGUGUCAGCUCUACUUGGACCAACUCUUUUUUUGGUCACACAACAGUGCUGCAGUGGGGAAGUAGAGAUACUCAGAGAGGGCAUGCGAGCUUCCUAAGGUCACACAGCUAGCUGCUAGGGUAGAAUCUCUAUUAAACAGGCAUGGAUGGUCUAUGCUCUAGCCUAGAGGGAAGCCUCACUGUAUGGCCCAUGCUGGCCUCAGCCUCCCAAAUGUAUCUUUUAAAGACACGCAUCACCACACUUGGCUUCUGUUCUUCACUCAUAACGCACCAUUGUUCUGGGAGAAAAGAAUUCCUUUGACAUGGAACCGGAAAGGUGGCCUAGCAAUUAAGAGACUUCCAGAGCACCAGCGCUUACAGCGGCAGGAGGUCCUCUGAGGUCAUACACACAUGAUUCGCAAACACUCGCACAAUUAAAAAUAAACUAAUUUUUAUAAAGA